UAUAUUUGGUCUAUAUUACUGUUAAUUUAAAAUCGCAUCAAUUAAUUUUCUGUUCUGCUAUUACAUUACUUUUCCUGAAAUUACAUGAUUGGACCAUUGUUAAACCCCACUUUUAUCCUACUUAUUUUACGUGAUUAGAUUUUGACUGGUAAUUUGACCGUCGCUUUGUUAUUUUACAUCUAUCAGCAGUAUUAGCUUGCCAUAUUUGAACUUACUUAAUCCCAAACCUUUAGUUUAAAUGCUCAAAUUGCUAUUUUCCGUUACUUGCACUUGUUGUUUAUUGAUCUCUCCAUCGCAAGUCAUUUAGCUGGUAUUACAUUGCAUGCAGUCACGUAGUGGUCGUCUAGUCACACCUAGUGCUAGUACAUUUACCAUGGACCCCUCACAGUUUGAUGCACUCACUAAACAAUUAGCUCAGCUUGUUACUAGCCAGCAAUAUUUACAGACUCAAAUAGCGGCUGUCCAAAUCGAGAUGGCUGCUACUCGUGAAGAGAGUAGAGACCUAGUUGCUAGGUUGGACAAUUUUGAACAAACCCCUCGUUCGACUGACGUUGAUAACUCUAAAGUGUCUCGUAAUGUUCACUAUUAUCAUCAACCAGGUGGUCGACAACAUCCUCGACGUAAGCAAAGGAAUGGAGACCAGAGUCGUGAGCGAGAACGAGGCCAUGGCCGUCGCGAUUAUCAUUCUCCUCCACGUCAUGACGAGCGUUACUUUAGAAACAUCAAAUUAGACGCUCCUACUUUUGAUGGUUGCUUAGAUCAUAGAGUUUUUACUCAGUGGAUUAGAGACAUGGAUUGUUUCUUGGCAUGGUAUGGAGUCCUAGAGGAUCGACGUGUCCAAUUUGCUAGUUUGAAAUUAACUGGCACCGCCCAACUCUUCUGGGAAAGUGUUGAGGAUUUCCUUGAGAGGCGUCGUGCACCUCCAGUUGAAAGUUGGGAGGAAAUGAAGCGUCGCCUUCAAGAAAAGUAUUUGCCCCAAUCUUACAGGGGCAACUUGUUGGACCAAUCGAAUACCCUUACACAGGGAAAUUGACCAGUGAUUGACUAUGUUACUCAAUUUGAUGAAUUUAGAAUGCGAGGUUAUGUCGUUGAAAAUGAGGCAAUGACUUUGUGUAGGUUUAGACAGGGCCUAAAAGAUGAUCUUAGGUGUGAGCUUAUACUUCGAGGUGUCACUACCCUUGAUCAUGCUUAUUCUUUAGUCCAAGAUUAUGAGUUGGUCACUAAGACUCCAUAUGGACGGCAUGUUGACAAUCGUCCUUCCGUCUCAUCCGUGCCAGCUCCGCCUGUUAAGUCCCUCCUAGGGCCUUCCCCAUCCAAUGUCCCCCAUGUGUUGGAAAAUAAGGGUAAAGCUCCCGAAAUUUCAAAAACUUCUUCUUGCCAGCAGUGCUUCAAUUGUAAAGGCUUUGGUCAUAUCGCAUCUAGAUGUCCUAGUCGAGCUUUAGUCAUUGAGGAACGAAAGGAUGUAGAAGGUGAGUCAUUAGAAGAUCAAGUCUAUGAACCUAAAUUUGAAGAGCUUGAUAAUUUGGAUGAUAUUGAGGGUACCUUGUUAGGUUGCAUCCGAACCUUCCCUGUAGAUCUAGGUUCUGUGACCUCUGUCCCCGACACCUCGCGGCUAAGUGUUGUACGUUGUACCCUUACUCACCCUAAAGAUGCUGAUGAUUGGCGUCGUCACGUCAUUUUUCACACUUAUAUCAAGAUCAAUAACAAGGGUUGUAGGGUUGUAAAAUUAUUGUGGAUAGUGGUAGCUGCAUUAAUGCAGUUUUUGUGGCUACGGUGUCCCAUCUUGGAUUACAGCCAGUCCCACACCUCAACCUUAUAGCGUCUCUUAGGUUGACACUUCUUCUAUUGCCGUAAACGAGCGUUGUUUGUUUCCUAUCCAGUUUCUUGAAUACAAAGAUCAUAUAUGGUGCGACGUCAUUCCCAUGGACGUAGGAACACGUCAUUCUUGGUCGACCCUAGUUGUUCGAUUUAGAUGUCACUAUCCAUGGUCGGUCAAAUUCAUGUUCCUUUGUGUUCAAUGGGAAGAAGAUUCACAUUAAUCCUUUACCUCCAAAACCUGUUGAUUCACAACAGACGAUUAGCCCUACAGAAUUUGAGCGUACACUCAAAGAGGAUUCUGUUGUAUUUGCCGUGGUCGUCAUGGAAGUUCCAUCAGAAUCUCCAAUAUUGACCCCCUGAUGAGGUCCAAUCAGUUCUUCAAGAGUUUCGAGAUGUCUUUCCUGAAGACCUCCCUGAUUUAUUGCCCCCUUUACGGGACAUUCAACAUGCUAUAGAUCUUGUCCCUGGAUCGUCUCUUCCAAAUUUACCUCGUUAUAGAAUGAAUCCUACUGAGCACGCUGAGCUUCAGAAGCAAGUAGAGGAGCUCCUUCACAAAGGAUUUAUUCGUAAGAGUCUAAGUCCUUGUACGGUUCCCGCCCUCUUGACUCCUAAGAAAGAUGGUUCUUGGAGAAUGUGUGUUGAUAGUCGUGCCAUCAAUAAGAUCACAGUGAAGUACCGUUUUUCAAUCCCUUGGCUUGAUGAUAUGUUGGUUAUGAUAGUCGGUGCCACGAUAUUUUCUAAGAUUGAUUUAAAGAGUGGGUACCACCAAAUUAGGAUUCGCCCGGAUGACGAAUGGAAGACUGCCUUUAAAACGAAGGAUGGUCUUUAUGAGUGGUUGGUCAUGCCUUUUGGGCUAACCAAUGUCCCGAGUACUUUUAUGAGAGUAAUGACACAAGCUUUGCGACCAUUUAUGGGUAAAUUUCUCGUUGUCUACUUGAUGACAUUCUCGUGUACAGUAAAACUAGGGAACAACAUAGAGAUCAUCUCACGCAGGUUUGUUCUACCCUUCGCGCUACAAGCGUGUAUGCUAAUGUGAAGAAAUAUUUUUUCUUCACAGAUAAAGUUGCGACAGGAGUGUCUGCUGACCCUGUAAAGAUUCAGGCUAUUGUUGGUUGGCUUGAGCCCAAGACUAUACAUGACGUUCGGAGUUUUCAUGGUUUAGUUACCUUUUAUCGUCAUUUUAUUAAAGGGUUUAGCACGAUCAUGGCUCCUAUUACGAAGUGCGUGAAAAGAGGGAAAUUUUAUUGGUCGCAUGAAGCGGCCAAAGCAUUUAAGUUGGUUAAGAGGCGAAUGACAGAAGCUCUAGUCAUGAUUCUUCUCGAUUUUUCCUAAGUUUUUGAGGUAGAAUGUGAUGCCUCUGGGGUAGGGAUAGGUGAAGUUUUGAGCCAAGAGCGCCAUCCUAUUGCUUAUUUCAGUGAGAAAUUAAAUGAUGUAAAACGACAGUACUCGACUUAUGACAAGGAGUUGUAUGUAGUCGUACAAGUUUUACGUUAUUAACGUCAUUACUUGUUGCCUCAGGAAUUUUUUCUUUAUUUAGACCAUGAGGCACUUCGCUACCUUAAUUCCCAAAAGAGGUUGAAUGCUAGGCAUAAUCGUUGGAUCGAGUAUUUGCAAGCCUACUCUUUUGUUUUGAAGCAUAAAAAGGGCAGUGAAAAUCAAGCGACGGAUGCUUUGAGCCACCGUAUUUCACUUUUAACCAAUAUUAGUGUGAAGGUCAUAGGUUUUGAACGACUCAAAGAAGAUUAUCAGUCAUGUCCCGAUUUCAAGGACAUUUUCCUUGCGUUGCAAAGUGGACAAUUGGAUGCUACUGAUGGUUUUCGUCUAGAGGAUGGUUAUCUUUUUAGGUCCAAUAAAUUGUGCAUCCCUCGGACUUCAGUACGAGACUUUAUAGUUUGGGAAAGUCAUGCGGGAGGCUUGGCUGGGCAUUUUGGACGUGAUAAGACAAUCGAAGAGGUUGAACGUCAAUUUUAUUGGCCUCGUUUGAAGACAGAUGUAGCUAAGAUUGUUAGUGCUUGUAACACCUAUCAGUUGGCCAAACAGAAGAGACAAAAUACUGGUCUUUACAAACCUCUUCCCGUCCCUAAUUGUCCUUGGCAAGACGUCAGUAUGGAUUUUGUACUAGGACUCUCACGUACUCCAAAGAAAUAUGAUUCUAUUUUUGUUAUAGUGGACCGCUUCUCGAAAAUGGCCCACUUUAUCCCUUGCAGCAAGAUUUCAGAUGCGUCUAAGGUUGCUAGGCUGUACUUUAAUGAGAUUGUUAAAUUAUAUGACCUUCCUAAGAUCGUUGUGUUGGAUAGAGAUGUUCGGUUCACUAGCCACUUUUAGAGAACCUUAUGGCACAUGGUUAGCACUAAGUUGAAAUUUUUCACUGCGUAUCAUCCUCAGAUCGAUGGUCAAACUGAAGUUGUUAAUCGCAGUCCUGGUAACCUAUUAAAAUGUCUAGUUCAGGAAAAUUUGAGGAACUGGGAUUUAAUCCUCCCGAUAGCUCAAAUUGCAUAUAACAGUUCUGUGAAUCGAUCUUUAGGCAUGAGUCAUUUUGAAGUUGUUCAUAGUUAUAAACCUAGGAAGCCUUUAGACCUUAUCCCUAUAUCCCCACAUGCUAAUGUGUCUGUGUUAGCUGAGGCAUUUGUUCAACAUGUUCGUGACUUGCAUAUUGAGAUCAAUAAACAACUAGAGGCAAGUAAUGCAUCAUAUAAAUUUCGAGUUGAUUUACAUAAUCAUCAUGAAUUUAAUAUUGGGGAUUAUGUGAUGAUUCGAAUUAGACCGGAACGGCGUCCAUCUAGAUCCGCUUCCAAAUUGUAAGCCCGUAACGCUGAUCCUUUUGAAAUUUUAAAGCGUGUUGGUCCAAAUGCAUAUGCCAUUGAUCUUCCAUCACAUUUUGGCUACCACUCUACUUUUAAUGUUGAGGAUUUAGUUGCUUAUAAAAGUCAUUUUAAGCCCUAUGAUGAUCCUUUUAUAUCCCCAUUUGUUGACCCUCAACCCGAACUUGUUGCUACCCCUACUUCAACCCCCCUAUCACAAUACCUAAAGAAAAGAUUGAUGCUAUUUUAGAUGAACAGAUUAUGUUGACUAAUAAUGGAGAAAUUUAGCUCUUUCUUGUUCGUUGGGUAGGCCGACCCGACUCUGAUUGUACAUGGAUAUCUAGAGAGAGACUCUAACAACUUGAUCCUGACUUGUUGGAACUUUAUAGGAGUCACAGCAUGAUCUCCCAUUGCCCAGACCACUUUUCACACGUGUAUAUGGAUGUUGUAAGAGAAUACAGAAUGUCUCGGAGGUAUGACAGUCGUACUACAAUCUUCUCUCCUGAAGGUCGUCUCUAUCAGGUAGAAUAUGCGAUGGAGGCCAUUGGGAAUGCGGGGAGUGCCAUAGGAAUAUUGUCUAAAGAUGGGGUUGUGUUGGUUGGUGAAAAGAAAGUGACUUCCAAGCUUCUACAGACCUCGGCAUCGACGGAGAAGAUGUACAAGAUUGAUGACCAUGUCGCGUGUGCUGUGGCUGGAAUUAUGUCUGAUGCCAACAUCCUUAUUAACACUGCCAGAGUCCAAGCUCAGCGAUAUACCUAUGCUUACCAAGAACCAAUGCCAGUUGAACAACUUGUUCAGUCUUUGUGCGACACCAAGCAAGGCUACACUCAGUUUGGUGGGCUCCGUCCAUUUGGUGUCUCUUUCCUUUUUGCAGGCUGGGAUAAAAAUUAUGGGUUCCAGCUCUACAUGAGCGACCCAAGUGGAAAUUACAGUGGUUGGAAGGCUGCAGCAAUUGGAUCAAACAAUCAGGCAGCUCAAUCAAUGCUUAAGCAGGACUACAAGGAUGAAAUCACGAGGGAAGAGGCCGUUCAGCUUGCUCUUAAGGUACUCAGUAAGACAAUGGACAGCACUAGUCUUACUUCAGAGAAACUCGAAUUGGCUGAGGUCUUCCUUUCUAAUGGAAAAGUGAAGUAUCAGGUCUGCUCACCAGGGACCUUGAGUAAGUUGUUAGUGAAGUUUGGAGUGACCCAACCUGCUGCCGAUGCCUCUUAAUAUCUGUAUUCUCCUUUGUUUUCAAGAACCGUUUUACUGCUGCUUUUAGUUAUGUUUUCAUUUUAUGACUUCCAAGAAUUAUAUAAUGACUUGAUGCUGUAUUACAAUUGCUUCUCAUUUUCAACCUUGUCUGGUUGGUUCUGGAAAUGUCAGAUUACUAGAUUUUAAUUUUUAUGCCAUAGUGAAAAACAAGACAUUUUCGUUUCAAAA